CUGUUGUGCAAAGAUCGUAAAAAUACAUUUUUUACGUUGCUUGGAGUUUUGAAAAAAGAGACGUGAAUAAUAGUGAAUCAUUAUGGUGACGAACUUUAAAGUUUAAGUUGUUCUCAGAAAACAAUCGUAGAUUUGAGCAACCAAUUCUGCGUAAUGUGGAGCAAUGUCAUUACCGUCAUCUGCAGCUGAAAUUGCAUCAAAGCCUGGAGCCGAAAAAAUCUCGCAACAAGGCAAACGAGGAGGAAGCUUUCAUAAUCCCCAGCAGCCAUCACAACAACAACCGAUUACGCUAAUUCUGCCCACGAGCGGAAAGUUAUUCUACGAAAAGAAGCAGGACUUUGUCCUGUGCAAACCGCAGCUUCUUCCGCUGAAGUCGUUCAGCCUGGAGAAGCUGGAAAAGAUGCAAAAGGAAGCCCACCGGCAGCUACAGGAGACCAGAGCCCGAACUGCCGCUUCCGCCGCCGCUGUAGACAGAUUUUAAAGAAACUAAACUAGUUGAACUAGUAGGAUCGCAUCGACGACAAAAUAUGGCUUAUUUACUGGUGUUCUCGAUAUGUUUGGCCCUCCUUUUGGCUUCGAUAUCCUUGUACCGGUACGGAUGCAUCCAACGGCAGCAUCCGGUGGUUACCUUCUCCGUCCUGACGGCGUGGAGUUUUUCCUUCCUAAUUGUGUUCACCAUACCGCUGGAUGUUACCUCGACCGUUUAUCGUAACUGCAUUCUGGAGCACAAUGAAACAUCCAAAAAUAUACCACCCGGCAGCGCCAAUAGUUCGUGCCAGCGUCCCUGGGGAAUGGUCGAAGAGGAGGUCUUUCCGAAUCUAUGGCGAAUAAUUUACUGGUCUUCGCAGUUUCUCACCUGGUUGAUAAUGCCCCUGAUGCAGUCCUACCUGAAGGCCGGGGAUUUUACCAUCAAAGGCAAACUCAAGUCCGCUCUGGUGGACAAUGCCAUAUACUACGGCUCGUACCUGUUUAUCUGCGGAAUUUUGCUGAUUUAUUUGGCGCUGCAGCCUGGAAUCUCUUUGGAUUGGCAAAAACUGAAAGCCAUUGCGUCGUCAGCUUCAAACACAUGGGGUUUGUUCCUUUUAGUGCUGCUGCUUGGCUAUGCACUGGUUGAGGUCCCUCGAGGACUAUGGAAUAACUCAAAACCAGGGUUUACCUUGCAAUACGCUUAUUUCAAGUUGUCGAAGUUAAGUUCUGAAAAGGCAGAAGCUGAAGAGCACGUGGAUGACGUGCUGGAAAGUUUGCAGUCGGCUAGCCGAGCUGUUCCUUCAAGGCACGAACUCCGACCAGCAUUGGAAACCAUCAUCCGAAAGGUACCGACCGAGUUGAUGGAACGUGCUCGUCGAAUCAGCCGAGAUGAUGGAUCUCCUGUUGCUGUUCCAUCGGAAAAAGCCUUGGUAAGGCUGCAUCGUCAGGUGAUCAAGUCCCUGCAGACGCUCCAGAGAACGGAAGCCCUUUGGAAUGUACAGGUGAACAAGGUCCUUCAUUUGGAGGAUGUCGCCAAGAAUGCCGUUUCAUUGGACCAUCGUUUCAAAACUGAAUUCCCGAAACAUCGAGCAGGAUUUGCACGCGCUACGUACAGUCCUACCCUGGAGUGGUACUGGGAAUGUGUCGUUAAGGCUCCUUUCCUGAAAGCACUCGCCGUGAUCACCGCUUUCCUGUCGUUUGUUGUCGUGUGGAGCGAACUGACGUUCUUCAACCGUGAACCCGUUCUUUCAAUUUUUGCGAAUGUCUUGGAGAUAGCGAAACGAAACUACGAUUUUGUGACCAUUGAAAUUUUCUCCAUGAUGACCUUGUGCUAUCUUUGCUAUUGCGCCUAUUCAACGGUUUUCCGGAUCAAGUUCUUAAACUUGUACUAUCUGGCUGCUCAUCAUCAAACGAACGAGUACAGUUUGAUAUUCAGUGGAAUGUUACUCUGUCGAUUGACGCCGCCGAUGUGUUUGAACUUCCUCGGUAUGAUUCACAUGGACUCCCACAUCAUCAAGCAACGCAUCCUGGAGACGCACUAUACUCAGAUAAUGGGUCAUAUGGAUGUGUUGGGAAUCAUCUCCGAUGGGUUCAACAUCUACUUCCCAAUGGUAAUGUUGGCCUUUUGUCUGGCCACAUGGUUUUCUUUGGGAAGCCGAGCCCUGAAUGCCCUGGGAUUCCAACAGUUUAUGCUGAACGAAACAAUUGCUACGGAGUUGGUGCAGGAAGGCAAGGAUUUGAUUGUACGUGAGAAACGCAAACGCCAGAGAGCGGAAGAUGCGAUUGCGCGACGCCGUGAUAACAUUUUGAGCAAUCUCGGAAGGGAUUCCGCCGGGGGAAGUAACGGAAACAAUGGCAAUGGUAACGGUGGAGGAGUAGGCAAUAUUCUGUCAAAGUAUAAAUCACGAAACCUAGACUCGGUGGCCAAUUCAGUUGGACCGAAUGACGAUCUGGUGCGGCAUGGUGAUCAUUUGGAUUACAGUACGAAUGGAAGCCGAGGAGGGGAUUUUUCACGUUCGCUGUCGGACGAAAUCAACGAAAGAUUCGGUGUGAGUACGAAUGUUACGGUGGGUUUCAAGGGAUAUAACGACUUUGGAGAAGACGACGAUGGUCGAGGAGGAAGAGGUAGCAGUAGUGGCGGAGGAGCUCCCCGAGGAUUCUUCGACGAUGUGUAGGCAGCGAAGUAUUAUAGAAGAGUGCAUUUUACGUAGAUUUACGUUUGCGGUGAUACUAAGUUUAAUUCGUUAUCGGUUAUAACUUUUCGUUUAUGAUGUAUAGAUAAUAUAUGAAUAUUUAACAGCAAAAAGUUAAUCGCUAGAAAACCUUUGGUAUCAUUCCAGAAAUUGCUUGAACAUUGUGAGCUGAUUAGAGAAAUACUAACAUAAAGCACCGAUAGCACUGAUAAUAUAAACAAAAUUGGUUUUAUAUAAUUACAAACGUUAUAAGAUAUUAUGUACAAGGAGAACCGGCAAACACAUAGCGAAGACUUUCAAUUUCAAUGGCUUACACGUAGCAUACAACCAGCAGUAAUUGAUUAGUUUUGUCAAGUUGCAAGGUUUAACAAAAUAGGUUGACUGGGGCAAAACUUAGCAACAUUGGGCUGUAUCUUCUACCCUCCGUAACUAACAGUUGCCACUAAAAUGUAUAGCUGUCACAAAAGAAACUCAAGACACAAGAACUACUACAAUAAUGAUUGGCAUAAAAUAUGUAUCAAUAAAUGUAUUCUAUGCACUACUCCUUAACUUAGCACUUACACACACAAAUAUAAACCCUUAUUAAACACCGCUGUGAAACAAAAACCCUUCUUAGGUUGUAAGCUGAACGUGUAGUCCUUAUUAUCCCCAAUAUGGAAGUACUAUACCCAACUAGUGAAUGGCAAACAAAAUAAAGUGCUAACAGAAAAAAAAACUUGAA